AUGGAUUCUCAUCACUACAGCUCCAUCAAGUUCUUCACCUUCUUUCUUCCGCUACUCUGCCUCCUCUAUUGGAGCUGGCCGGCCCUCUCCACUCACGGCGCCACCGCCGCUCCACUACUUCCGCGGCCUUCCUCAACUCGCCUCGCCGCCGACACCCUCCGCGACCGAGGCUACACCAUCUUCGCGUCCUUGCUCGACUCCAUGUCCGUCACCACCAACUUCUCCAGCAACCUCCUUGCCCCACCGGAUUUCGUCUUCUCAUCCGCCGCCGCCAAAUUCCUGAGCAACCGCCGCCCUCCGCCGCGCCCUUCCGUCUCCCUCCUUCUCUACCACACUAUCAGGUCGCCUCUCAUCCUCUCUUGGCCCUCCCUCUCCUCGCGCGACGACGGCGACAAGUUCCACACGCUAGACAGCGGCAACUGCCUCUAUCUCUUCAGGAGUCCGUACGGCGGCGAGAUAUCGGUGUCUUCGACACCCUACAAAAACCCCAUGGUCGCGGUCAAGAUCCGCCAGCCAGAUCUGUACGUCGACGAGCAACUAGCCGUCCAUGGAAUCGACGGCGUGCUGGACCAGUCGUUCGCAACGAAAUGCAAUUUCCCUUUUCCAGAUCCGCUGGCUGAAGACGCCGUCCCGCGCCGGAUGAAUCGGCGGUUUCUAGACCGCGCCGUGAGAGCGCUGCGGCGAACGGGAUACAACGUGGUCGCAGCCGCCAUGGCCAUCCGAAAGUCAGAGCUGUUAUCUUUAACGUCCGUCACAGUCUUCGCGGUCUCGGACGAGAAUCUGUUCCUGAAACCCGGCGGUUUCCGUUACAACUUCCGUCAGCACGUCGUGCCUGCACGACACCGUUUCGCGAAUCUGGCGAGGAUUACGACCGCGGGCGGGACGAUCCUCGAAACUCUGUCUCCAAACAAAACUAUUUUCGUAGAUACCGUCGACGGCACCGUUAACGUUGACGGCGUAGCUGUGGACGAGACGGAGGUGUAUCGUAACAAGUGGAUAGUUGUGGUCUCCGUCAUGAAGUCGUUAGACGACGUCGUCCUUGAUUCUCAAAUUAAACCACCGACUCCUUCGCCGGCACCAUUUACCGGCGUCCCCGCGAUUGACGGUUCCCCUAAUCCGGUGCCGGAAUUUAACAACGCCGAAGGCAGCUCUAUCCGAACUCCACCAUCUCCUUCUUUCGAGAACGAUGCAGAAAUCGGAAGUCCGUCGCGGGCGGCGGAGUACGGGAACGAAACCCACGUGGAUGAAUUAAAGCCGUCCGAUGCAUACACUGUAGAUUUGACUCAACCUGCAAGGUCAAAAUUGCUGAGAAAUGUGAACAUCGCUGAUGACGUCUUCUUCUACAUCUGA